UUCUCACAAAGCUCCUCAUCUCCCUAGCCCUAGUUCUUGGUUUCCCAGUUAGCCCCACAUAUUUAGUUUCCUCUAGUUGCUAUCAGUUAAAGCAAUUACCAAGGAUAACUAUAGACAGAAACCCACCAACUCUUUCAUAUACCAAUGGCAUUAAACUUGAUACCCAAGUUACUGUUGGUCCUGGUUCUAUCCAUGACUACAUUUUCCGCCAUAGCCAGUAGCAGUAAAGAGUACAAAGAAACCCACAUGUCCAUGUUCCUUCAGGACUUCCUUACCGGUCCAAAUGUCACAGAUAUACCAGUUGCGGGUGUCGCUGGAAAGCUUUGGGCCUUCAAUCAAUUUGGAACACUUUACGUCAAUGACAAUCCUCUCACCGAAGGCCCAAGCCCACAAUCGGCAGAGGUGGGCCGAGCCCCAGGUAUUUUUAUGGCUUCAGCACUGGACGGAUCUAGUGGCCUUGUUGCGUUUUCAGUUGUGUUCACUAACAAGGAGUACAAUGGCAGCACCAUAGAGAUACUAGGAAACAGUAAGAUAUUGGACCCGGUUAGAGAGCUUUCGGUGGCAUCCGGUACCGGAAAGUUUCGGUUUGCUAGAGGGUACGCUACGCUUGAAACUUAUUUUCUGGACAUUCCGAGAGCAUACUCGAUCGUACGACUCAACAUAACAGUGGAACACAAGUAGAGAACUAAAAGAGUGUGUAUGAGAACUGAAUAGGGAGCACUUGUUCGUUUUGUAUGGACUUGUGGUUGCCUUAAUUUGGUUUUUAUUUAGCACCAGUUUUCCAGCGUUAAAAGGGGUAUUUCUUCUCCAACUAAAAAUAAAAGGAAAUCUAGCUAUGUAAUAUGCAAUAAUAUUGAAUCGAAAACUGCCUAUGCAUUUCGAGAGUCCACAGAUUAACUUUCGAAGGGGUAUUGGGAUUAUGACAAGUAGCUUUUGAGAAA